CACACACUCACACAGUUCACUUUAUAAAAUCCAAUCCAUUCCAACCCUUUAAAUGCAGCGGAAAGCGGGAGUCCAGUCCCCUACCAGAUCAAAAAAAGCCACAGAGGCAAUAAAGACGGUGAGAGCGAGAGUUUAGUGAGAGAGAGAGAGAGAGAGACGAGAGAGGCCCAUUUACACCAUGAAAAUGAUAUGAAAUAAUUUGGAGGCUUCUUCAGCCCAAAAUGGAUUACUCUGCUCUGUGAAAGAUUUAAGUGUUAUAUCUGAUCAGUAGUACUGUAAUUGAUCAAUUGUAGAAGACCCGACCCCGGAAAUGAUGACUGGAUACGGAAUGGUGCAAGACCAGAACAUGGAGAGGCAGAUUGAGAAGCAGAUGGGUUGUAUGGCUGGUUUCCUUCACAUCUUCGAUCGCCACCAGAUUUUAUCCGGCAAGAAAUCUUAUUCCCCCAAGCGUCUUCCUCCUUCCAAGGUUGUUGAUUCAGGGCAAGGCUCCGAGAAAUCUGGUUCGUCAACACCGGCUGUAUCGAGGGAAUUAGUUAAACCAUUGUCGGCUCCGAUGACCCCGCCGCCGGGAAAAAUGGCGAAAUCUCCGGUGCCGGAGAUUACACCUCCGAAAUCGCCUCUUCCUCUUCCGGUGUUUGAGAUGAAAGAUGGGUCAAAGUCAUCUUGGAAGUAUUGUAAAGAAGCUCCCAGGCUGUCACUUGAUAGCAGAGCCACUGUGGACGCUAAGGGAAGUCUCCAUCCCAGAGAGAUUCGAACCAACAACAACUCUGCUUCCACUUCUUCUUCUCUUCUGACGGCCAACGCCGACGACAAACAACGGCGUUCCCCCAGCGUCAUUGCCCGGCUUAUGGGACUUGAGCCACUUCAGGCCGAUUCCAACGCUGCCGCGGCCGAAGAAUCGGCUCCCAAAGACGUCCAGCUCAGAAGAUCCGCAUCAGAAUCCAGAGUAUCCAGAGAUCUUUUCUGUUACCAUUCCGUUGAGAAUAACGGCGGCAAUAACAGCUUCCAAUCCAAUAUGCCUAAUAAUUCGAUUGGCCAUGAUGGAAUUAACUGUUCAGUGGAUCAUACGACGGAUAUGUAUUCGCACCAAUUGGCGAAGAAUGCCAACUCUGAACAGCCCAAACCGGUGGUUAAUAACAGGGGCGCCAUUGUUUCUUCGUCGCCGUGGAAAGCGCAACCGUCACGGAGGAGCUACUUCGACGCGGCGGAUGUUUUCCCGGAGCCUAAACAGCAAGCUGUUUCCAUCUACGGUGACAUUGAGAAGAGGCUCAAGUUGAGGGGAAUCGAUGAGCCGUCCAAGGAUCUCGAAACGUUGAAACAAAUCCUCGAGGCGUUGCAACUCAAAGGACUUUUACAUUCCAACCACCGGCCCUCCGAGCAGCGGAAUUUCGUGUAUGACCGGAGUUUCUGGUCCUCCGACGAGUCUCCGAUCGUGGUAAUGAGACCUUCUUCUAAUAAGUCUCCGGUGAAUCGAAGAGUUCGGAGCGAAUCACCGCCUUCGCGACACGGAGUUCGUCGGAGUCCUAACAACAAUCUCACCGGCGAAUAUCAUCAUCAGCCUUCUUCAAGUCCACGUAGGGAAAGGCCGGUAAUUGACCGUGGUUUAAGGAGCCCGACACGGACCGGGACUAGGCCCGGUUCAGGAAACUCAAUAAUCAAACCAAAGCCGUUAACCGUGGAAACCCAAAGAUCAAUGGAAUCCCGACGCGUCUCUCCGGCAGCUCACUCACCAAAGCUCAGUUUAAGGAGAAACGUAAUGACGUCCCAGGAUCCAACGGCGACAAAUCGAUCACCAAGGCGGAGGAGAUCACCGGCCAAUAACGUCGUCAUCACCGAGGACGAAUCAUCAUCCAUUUCUGAAAGCACAAUUAGUACACCCUCUCAAACAGAUACCGAGAGAUCGAAAAUGGAGGAUUACAGAGAAGGCGGGAAGAGUUUGCUUGAAAGGUGCGACAAGCUGCUUCACAGCAUUGCAGAAAUGAAUAAUGCGGCGGCGGCGGAAAUGCAGCCGAGUCCGGUGUCGGUUCUGGACUCGGCGUUUUUCCGGGACGAAUCGUCGUCGACGUCAUCCCCAUCUCCGGUGAUGAAACGGAGCAUUGAUUUCAAAGGUACUCUACACAUGAGUUAGCUUACGCAUGGCACAAUUUCUCACACGCCAAAAAAAAAAGACCUGAAACCACUCCCCCCAUAAUCCCAUAUCAUUAUAAUUAUGUUCCCAAGAUUUUCUGGUUUUGACUCAACCAUUACUUACAUUUUUUUAGUACGACUCACUCAAUCUGGGAGAUGGGAUGUAUGGGAUGACGUCCCCCACCCCCUACCCUGGCCCCCUUGCUUUGACUUUUACCUACCCUUUUUAGAUUAUGGAAAUCACGCAAAAAAUAAGAACUUCGAUAAUGUGAAAGUGUUAACUUUAAUAGUCUAGGUAGUUUACUCCUCUAGAUUUUAGGGUAAUCCCUCAUUUUCUUAAACCGUCAUUGUGUGUGUGUGUGUGUUUUUUGGGGUAAUGAAAUAGUUCACAGUUAGGAAAUCCCAUAACGUUAUGAUGUUUUAGUCAAUUUUCUUUUGGGGUAGUAGUACUAUUUGUUUGUAUACAUUUAUGAUUGAUUGAUGGUGGUAGUAGGAGUAGGAACUGACGGUGUCUAAUCAAAAGUCAAGUCCAUUUAUUUGAGCUGUGCGGCUCUUUUAACUAGUAUAUUUGCAAACAAAAUUGCCCAAGAUUCAAUUUAAUAUUGAAAGCGACUGAUUGUGUAUGUGGAUUGAUUUAACCCUAAACCAAUUAACCAAGCAAAGAAGAACUACUUAACUAGGCUACUGGUCUAGCACAUUUCCUAGCUUACUCAAUAGUCAAUACUACUACUUACCACACCGCCAGUUUUCAAACUUUGUAAUUAAUUUGCAUAAAUGACUUUGGUGGCUGGGUAGUUGCAGAAGAACAGAGUGGUAUGUGAACAGUUCAUCAAUGCAGUUCUUUACACAAACAUUAAAGCUGGAAAUUUCACUGUUACAUCGUAUACUAGUUAUACUACUCGUCAGUUGUACAAUUACAUCGUAUAAAAUGUGGUUAAUUACAGGUGUAUAUAUUCUAUUAGGUGGUGGUCCUUGGUGUUUAAUCGUUAGAAUCGACAGUAUGGAAUCUGUUUUUAAUACGCAUUAAAACAAUGGUACUUUUUGAUUUGAGCAUUGAAUGAUUUUUAAGAUUAUUUUACUUCAUAUCUGACUUUGUCCUAAUGCUUACAGAUAAUGAACAAGAACAAGCAAGUGAUUUGGAUUUGGAUGAAGAGGCAUGGAGUUACAUUCUCAGUCCUGAUGAUCAAUCAAUCUUGGGGGAGACUCCCACUGACGGCGAUUUGGUUUACAUCUCGGAAAUACUCAUGGCUUCUCGUUACCUCCCGGAGGAUUGCGACGUGUUUUUGUUGCUGGAGAAACAACAAUAUCUCAAGGGAAAAGACUCGACCAACGUUUCCAGGUUACAAAGAAGACUGAUUUUUGACAUCAUUGUGGAAAUUCUCGACCGGAACAGGAAUUUACCGCCAUCGAUGGCCUUUUCGUGGUCAGAUUCUCGGACAAUAAAGUCAUCGCUACGCAGAAUUUGGUCCGAAUUCCUUAAAAUUCGCCGACGCGACACUUCGGAUCAUGACUUGUUGGAGGUCAUCUGUGGAGUGCUAAAAAAAGAUUUGGCCGGAGAUGCGAUAAGUGGGUGGGGAGAUUGCCCGCCGGUAGAGUUAUCCGAGGCAGUGUUGGACAUCGAACGCCUGAUAUUUAAAGAUCUAAUCGGCGAAUCAAUCCGUGAUCUCGCUUCAUUUGCCUCUAAAAACAGGAACUCGUUGGCGCCGGCGCCUCGUAGGAAGUUAAUUUUCUAAACUAAUCUGUGUCUAAACGACUCAAAAACACUCACCGCCGCCCUCCCGCCAGAUUAUUGUUUUGGCGCGCAUUCAUGUAUCCCUUUCAUCACAUUUAAAAUAAUCCAGUCCACGGUUUUCUUUGUUUUCUUUUUUAACGUUGUUUUCACUGGGGAAAUGCGCGAUCCAUAACGGUCACAUUAGCUAGCUGUAAAAAAAAGACUGAAUGAAAUAGUAAAAUAUUUUCUCCCUUUUGUUUUUUCACUUUUGGUGCAAAUGGGCAAGUGCAUGUGAGGUGUGACAGACCAAUAUAAUGAUAGGCUGUCCUGGGAGUCAAUUAGAUUAGUCCAUUCCUUCCAGACUUUUUUUUUUUUUAAUUUUUUUUACGCCGGAAACCCCAUCAGAGAUGAGUAAACCCUAGAGAUGGGUAAACCACGUCCAUUGCAAUAGCCUGCAAAUC